AUGGGAGCUAGUAUACUGCUAGGUUUAACUAUAUUAUUAAGUUACGUUAAUCAAGUUCAUUUACAGAUGUUUCAUCCUCGUGAUAUUAGUAGGGGUGGACAACAACAAGAAGAACAGUUAAGAAGAGGAUAUCUGAUUCAAAUACUUAAAAGUUUUUUAAAUCGGCGACAGGAGGACGCGACAGAGAAACGUAAACGUUCGUGUAACCUAAACCUUGGUUUCCACUGUCAAACAGACGAAUAUUCUUCUAUCGCUGAUAUGUAUGAUUUCCUUCAGAGUGCUCUCAGUCCCGGCAAGAGGAAACGAAACGUGAAAAUUGUCUCUAUUGAAGGAUCAUAA